UCAACCCUCGAACCUCACACACCGCCAUUGCCACCGCAGCUAGCUCGACCGCGCACACACGUACUAGUCUCGCAAAUUAAUCGCAAUCUGUUCGAUCCCGAUCGAACUCGGUAGAGUGAGACAAUGGACAGCAGGGAGUUGUUGAGGACGGUGACGCAGGCGGCGCGGAACCACGCUCGGACGCUGUACCACCGCCUCGUCGGCCGCCACCUGCCGCGCAUCCUCGCCGUCACGCUGCUGCUCGCCGCGGCGCGCGCCGGCGGCGCCGCCACGACGACGCUGGACGCGCUGGCGCGGGAGAACGCGCGGGCGCUGGUGGCGGUGGCGUGGUGCUGCGCGGCGGCGGCGUACGCGUACGCCAUGUCGCGGCCGCGGCCGGUGUACCUGGUGGACCUCGCCGGGUACAAGCCGGCGGCGUCGCACGAGGCGACGCGCGCCGAGUCCAUCCGCCGGUUCGGGCUCGCGGGGGACUUCACCGGCGAGAGCAUGGCGUUCCAGCGGCGGAUGAUGGAGCGGUCGGGGCUCGGCGAGGCGACCCACUUCCCGGCGUCGCUGUUCGCGCUCCCCGUCGACAUGUGCCUCCGCACGGCGAGGGAGGAGUCGGAGGCCGUCGUCUUCGGCGCCGUCGACGAGCUGCUCGCCAAGACCGGCGUGCCGCCGGCCGACGUCGGCGUCGUCAUCGUCAACUCCAGCCUCUUCAGCCCCACGCCGUCCUUCACCUCGCUCGUCGUGAACCGCUACCGCCUCCGCCACGACGUCGUCACCCACAACCUCAGCGGCAUGGGCUGCAGCGCCGGCAUCAUCGCCAUUGAUCUCGCCAAGCACCUCCUUCAGGUGCACGCUGAGACGUACGCGUUGGUGGUGAGCACGGAGAACAUCACGCUGAACGCGUACAUGGGCAACUACCGGCCGAUGCUGGUGACCAACACGCUGUUCCGGAUGGGCGGCGCGGCGGUGCUCCUGUCCAACCGGCGCGCCGAGCGGCGGCGCGCCAAGUACCAGCUGAUGCACACGGUGCGCACCCACCGCGGCGGCGCCAGCGACCGGAGCUACGCGUGCGUGACGCAGGAGGAGGACGGCGCCGGCAACGUCGGCGUGUCGCUGUCCAAGGAGCUCAUGUCCGUCGCCGGCGACGCGCUGCGCACCAACAUCACGACGCUGGGCCCCCUCGUGCUCCCGCUGUCGGAGCAGCUCCGGUUCCUCGCCACGGUGGUGCUCCGCCGCGUGUUCGGCCACGCCGCCGGCGUCAAGCCCUACCUCCCGGACUUCACCGCGGCGCUCGACCACUUCUGCAUCCACGCGGGGGGCCGCGGCGUGCUGGACGAGCUGGAGCGGAGCCUGAAGCUGAGCGCGUGGCACAUGGAGCCGUCGCGGAUGACGCUCUACAGGUUCGGGAACACGUCGAGCAGCUCGCUGUGGUACGAGCUGUCCUACUGCGAGGCGAAAGGGAGGAUCAGGCGCGGCGACCGGGUGUGGCAGAUCGCGUUCGGCUCCGGAUUCAAGUGCAACAGCGCCGUCUGGAAGGCGCUCAGGACGGUCGACGGCGGCGCCGGCCGGGACGCCGGCGCGUGGGCGCAGGACAUCGACGCGCUGCCGGUGCACGUGCCCAAGGUGGUGCCCAUCGUCGACGACGACGACGGCGCCAAUGGCGGCGACGGCGACCGACACGACGCGGCGUCGCACGUACGACCGGAAUAAGCUACAUACUUAAUUAUGUGUACUUGCGUGUAAAUCGUCACGAGUCAUGGAUGGACUGAAAAAUACUGUCGCGUGUUGUUUCAUGGACAUGAGGACAUCGUAUCGUGUCAGGGAAGGACUGAUAAUUCCUUGUGCGGCAUUUUGUCUAGGUAUACUGAUUAAUCAAUCGUGUGUGUUAAAUGUGUGAAAGGUUGAGUAUAUACGACAAUAACUUGAGUAUUUUCUCUUUGUUAUGAAUCUUUUUUGUUGUUGUACGAAUUAA